ACCCUCAUUCGCCAUCCUUCCGAAGUGAUGGGUGUUCCUCUCCAUCAGCAGCAGAGUAAAUGUGCCGCAUUGAUGAAAAAUAAGACCGGCGCUACAGCUGCGACGGCGUUACAGUUUACAUGCCCACUGUUUAACCCAAAUGCUGCUUCUCCUGCAAGUGUAAAAACAAACCAUUUACAACAACAGAGCUCUGGACCAUCUGCUUUGGAUGCUCCUAAGCAUCAAGACCUUGGCUUGCCUCGAGCCUUUUCUAUCUGCUACCAGCAGGAGAUUGAAGCAACCAAACAGACUGUCAGGCCUAGGAAUAAAGCUCUCCCUGAACACGUUUGGAUUAAAGUAGGAGGAGAGGCUUUAUGUAAGCAAACAAUAAACAAAAGGAGCCGGAGUAGACUACAUACCCUGGAUGCAAGCACGGUGCGCAAACCUCUUGGUGACAUUCAAAAUGUGUGUGAUAGUCAAAGCACUGGCCCCGCUCAGGGUACUUGGCCAGCAGCACAGCCAACCUCCAGCACCUCCACACAAAAUGGAAGCCAAGGCGGUGUCUCCCAGCGCCGGGAAAGGCACAAUCGAAUGGAACGAGACAGGAGGCGCAGGAUCCGGAUUUGUUGCGACGAAUUGAAUCUGCUGGUUCCCUUCUGUACGUCAGAUACUGACAAGGCGACAACUUUACAAUGGACAACAGCGUUUCUAAAAUACAUUCAAGAAAGGCACGGGGAUUCCCUGAAAAAGGAAUUCGAGACUGUAUUCUGUGGUAAAACAGGCAGAAGACUAAAAUUAACAAGAUCAGAUUCAAUAGGAACGUGCCCGGCACAAGAAAUUGCUCAGAAUGGUACGUCCAUGGAGACUAAAUAA